AAUAUGUUGUAAAUUCUCUGUUUGUGAAUGUGGUGUGUUUACGAUGAGCUAGAUCGAUCGUAGAUAGUCGAACAAGCAAAGUUAUUCAUCUGCAGCACCAGAAGGACGACCGCCUGCAGGUCCUGCACCAGGAUGCUACUGACAAUACUGCUGGGCUUCCUGUGUGGUGUAAAUGCUUAUGCCCAAGAAAAGAUUCAGCAGGCUAGCCCGCCGCCAUCGCCGCCGCCGCUGCUGCUGGUGUCGUUUGACGGCUUCCGGGCCGACUACCUGCAAAGGUUCUCCAUGCCGAACCUGAAGCUCCUGUACAGCCAGGGGGUCCUGGUGGAUCAGCUCACCAACGUCUUCGUCACCAAGACCUUUCCCAACCACUACAGCCUGGUAACGGGGCUGUACGCGGAGUCUCACGGCAUCGUGGCCAGCAACAUGUACGACCCCAGCAGCCACAAACGCUUCAGCAUUGGCAACGACAGCGACCCCAUGUGGUGGAGCGAAGCCCAGCCCCUGUGGCUCACGGCCCUCGACUCCGGCUACAAGACUGCGGCCGUGAUGUGGCCCGGCUCUGACGUGGCCAUCGCCAACCGCACCGCGUCGCACUACUUCCCCUACAACUAUCAGAUGACGUUCCAGCAACGAGUGGGGAAUGUCGUAAAGUGGAUGUUAGGGAAUGAAAAGGAGCCAGGAGUGAUGUUUGCGGCGCUGUACUGGGAGGAGCCGGACCGCUCAGGUCACGCCUUCGGCCCUGACAACGUCACUGCCAUGGCUAAAGUUCUGAAAGAGGUGGACGACAACGUCGGCCUGCUGAUGUCGGAGCUGAAGCGGGCCGGCCUCUGGGGCCGGGUCAACCUGCUGGUGACCAGCGACCACGGCAUGGCCCAGUGCUCCGCCGAGCGCCUCAUCCGCCUCGACGACUGCCUGCACCCCGACAACUACACGCUGGUGGACCUCACGCCCGUCACCGCCCUCAUACCGGCGGGAGACCCGGAGGCGGUGUUUGAGCUGCUGAAUAAAUGCCACCCCCACAUGACGGCGUAUCUGAAGAAGGACAUCCCUGAGAGGCUGCACUACCGGAACAACGAGCGCAUCCAGCCCAUCAUACUGGUCGCUGACGAGGGCUGGACGAUCAUCCAGCGAGGGAAUACACUCCCCCGAUUGGGCGAUCACGGGUACGACAACUCCCUUCCCAGCAUGCACCCUUUCCUGGCGGCGGCGGGGCCCAGCUUCCGGAGGGGCUACAGCCUGAGGAGCCUGCAGAGCGUGGACGUGUACCCGCUCAUGUGCCACCUGCUGACGGUGCCGGCGCGGCCCAACAAUGGCAGCUUGGCCCAGGCCCGCUGCCUGCUGGCUGCAGAGACCUGCUGGGACGUGUCCCUGGUGGUCGGGCUGGUGGUGGGCGUCCUGCUGGUCCUCUCCAUAAUCACCGUUCUGUUCAGAUUCAUGAGCUCCCGUCGCGUCUCGGGCUCCCGGCCCUUCCAGAGACUGGAGAUCUCCCACGACGACGACGAUGACGACCCCUUGCUGGAGUGAGGCGGUCGGAGCCGACCCCCUGUUUGUCCUCCAGUAGGUACUUGUUGACAUGCUGCACUUUAUCGCUCUCAUCCUCCCGGACGUGUUCAUGGCGCUUGUUCUCGCAUCCAGGAGGAAGCCAGUUGUUUUGCAAGCCCUCAGGUCUGUUGUUGUGUACCAUAGCUCUUAUUAGGUCUCCAUGAUGUUACUGUAAAACUAUUAGACUUGAACGUGUUUCCCUGGGAGCUGAGGCUGGUUUUAAGGAGACACCUCAGGUGGAGGGUGACGGGACUGGAGGGAAAAUGUUUUCACUUGUUGUUUGUUGUGGGUUUUUUUAUCCGUAUGUGUUUUUUUUUGUCAGCAGAGGGCGCUAUUAGCUUAUUUAAGACUUGUUACAGAUCACAGAGAACCUGCUUCUCAUGGGAGAUUUUGAUGUUGGACAUAUUGAAAGAUUUGAAUGU